UUUUACGAACCUUAACGUUGCACCUAAUAAACGUUGGAUGUUUUCUAUGUAAACUGGUAGCUUCUUCAAAUAUAUACAUCAGUAUAUAUAUGUAUAUCUACCAGGAAACAUUGCUGUUUUUGUUUUUUUUGUGAACGUACGAAAGAAUUAUAGGGUUGAAAGGUAUCCUGGAUCUAACGUUACUGUCGUACACGUAAAUUGAGUGGUUAUACAGUCUGGUUCACAAAUAUCACUUGAUUUUGUUUUAUUUAUAACUAGAAUUGACUCAAUUACUUACGAAGUAGGAGUUGUGUAUCUAGUAUCUUUGCAUCAAAAGACAUACGGGCAAAUACGGUUGACUACGUCGUACUAGUAUUGCCAUUGUUUAAACCCCUAUACUCUAAUCUUUCUUUUGGGUUUUCAUACUAUUGAAAACAAAUCUUGUUUAAAUUUACGAAGUUAAUAAAACCACCCGCCUUGGUUUUACCCAACUCAUGACUGAAGUCUGGUCUAAAAAUCAAGUAAUAGGGAAGGACUUUCGGCCCGUAGCUAGGACCCAAGGUCCUUCUAGUCUCUCUUAUAUGCCUCCAGCUACUUCUGCAUUCAUUCCUAUGGAUUUUUAUACAAGGAUCCCACCAAACACGAAACUGGUUGUUGGUAGCCAUACUAUUACAGUCAUCCGGUAUCUCAGCGAAGGUGGGUUUUCACAUGUUUAUCUCGUGGAAACACAGGAUAAGCGAUGUUGUGUUUUAAAACGCAUCCACGUUCCUGACAAAGCUGCCCUUCAAUUGGUACAUGGAGAAAUAGAGACGAUGAAACGUCUCAAAGGCCACCGCCAUAUUGUGAAUUAUAUAGAUUCAAACGCUUUAUAUUCGAACUCAGCCAAUCGUUAUGAGGUCUUUUUAUUAAUGGAGUAUUGUGCAGGGGGUGGCCUCAUUGAUUUUAUGAACACAAGACUUCAAACUCGUUUAACGGAAGGUGAAAUCUUGAAAAUUUUGGCAGAUGUUUGUGAUGCGGUUGCUGCUAUGCAUUAUUUGGAUCCGCCUCUAAUUCAUCGGGACCUUAAAAUUGAAAAUGUUUUGUUAGUUGCUCCAAACUCAUAUAAACUUUGUGAUUUUGGCAGUGCAUGCGAGGCAAUACCACCCGCUACCACAGCAGAGUCAAUGUUAUGGGUUGAAAAAAAUAUUGCCGCAUAUACGACUCCUCAGUAUCGUUGCCCAGAAAUGAUUGAUCUGAAUCGGCAUCAAGGUAUUGAUGAAAAGAGUGAUAUUUGGGCAAUUGGCGUUUUAGCUUAUAAACUUUGCUAUUAUACAACUCCAUUUGAGACUGUAGGAAGUCCUGCUAUUUUAAAAGCUUCAUUCUCCAUCCCACCUUUUCCGAAAUACAGUGAUCGUUUGAAAAGGUUUAUUGCUACAUGUCUUCAAGAACAACCCUCGCAUCGUCCCAAUAUAUAUCAAACUUUAAAGGAAAUCAUGGAAAUGCGUGGCACACCUCUACUACUUUCGGAUAUUUAUGGUGGAGUAAAUGCCUCAACUUUUAACCCACCCAAAGCACCUCUUUUCAAAACACCUUCCGGUCGAUUACAGCCCGCCUCCACUUUGCAGUCACAUGGGUCGCUUCCUCCUAUACCUAUCUCUCGUCCAUCCAUAACGCCAAAGGCUUCUGUACAGUCGUUUGACCGAUCAUUUAGCCGGCCGAAUAGGACAUCUCCCUCUCAACAUAAUGAUCAAAAUAAAGAAUUCACAUUGUCCACAGGUGAUGAAAAAUAUAAUCACAAUGUCACCCCGUCUGCCUCAAAUUCCCAGAAAAGAAGUUUGAAUGAUUUUCGAUCUCUACUUAAACAUGAUGACAUUAUCAAUGCCAAUGCCAGAAAUAAUGCACAAGGGAAAGAUCAGAAUGAUGAAGUCGAUAUUCUCUCCCGCUAUCCUAGUGUCGACGAAUUAGAUAAGCAAGUUAGUAACAAAAACGUUAUCAAGCCGCUUCCUUUACUUGAUGCCAAAAAUAGGGACACCGUUGUUAAGCAAUCUACUACUUCAACGUUGACACCACCGGAAUUUGAUAGUAAGUUGCUCCGCUCCAAAUCAUUAGAUAACUCGACUUUCGAGGAGAUGGAUCCUUCAACAUUUACGGGUAAACAAAAAAGCUUUUCAAGUGCAUACUCACCCGUUCCAAAACUUUCCUCUCCAAUAUUGCAUUCUGCCGAAAGUCAAAGAGAGUUACCUAAGGGUCAGACUACUUCAUCUUCGUUUCCAACGGUUCAAAAGGGAACUGCUCAAAUUCCCAAGCGGCUUGAUGACUCCACUCCGAAAGAUAAUGUCCCAGAUCACUGUCUUUUACCAUCAAGACCUAUACAACAGGAGUCUUUUAAAUUAGAUCAAGAACAAAUACCUAUGAGAACGGAAGUUGAUGUGAACAACGAUCUAAAUAAUGAAUCUCAGGACUCGUUAAAUAAAUUUUUGCACCAAGGAGAAAAAGAAGCUUCCAUUCAAAGAUCUCCGUUAAGUGGAACCUCUAAUGAUAUGGAUAUUAUUAAGGGGGUUGAAGAUUUGGUUGUCUUUGAUGAUAAACAUAAUCGAAGGAAAUCCGCUGAAGGUGAUUCUUUUGAGGUUCAGUCAAACGUUGAAUUUUUGAGAAGCUUAGGGUCUCAUGGUCGUCAAUCUUCCUCAGAUAUUUCUCGUACACAAAGAUUUCAGAAAUCAAUAACCGCUAAGCUUGAAAAAGUAAAAACUAAUGAAGCGAAUAAGAAGGAUUUACGAUUAUCUAAUAGUUUUAGCAAACCCAAAAAGCAAGGGCAUGCUUCCAGGCUGUUAUCUGGUAAAUUCGGUGAUGCUUUUAAAAAGUUCGAAUUCGGAAGUGAGAAAACACACAGGAAGUCGUAUGAGUCACCAUCGAAGGAAUUACCAAAUUUGGAGUCUGCAACUGUCAGCCCGAGCCUGUCUGAACAAUCUGAUGAUUGGAGAGUAGAAAGCGAGGACUUACCACAGGUCCACGAAAAUAUUCGUCAGUAUAGAAAUCUUUCUGAACCUCACCAAACAAGGAAAGUUACUGGUGCAUUUAGAUCAGGAUCCAAUCGAAGUGAGAGAAAUUCUCCGGAACCAAAAUUAGUCAGUCCAGUAAAGUCGAACUUGAUCCAAGAAAGAGUUCGACAGUUGUUGGACAGGAGUUCAAAAAAUUCUCUGGACGAUUUUUCUGACAGCGAGAAUGGUGACUUUUCGUUACCUUAUUCGCAAGGGACUCAUAGCGAAGAACCCUUACCGAAACCUGCAAACCUACGUGGAUAGCCUCUUGAUGCUUAGUGGAAACGUACCAUCGUAUCCGCAGUUAUAAUUUUGCUAUAAUGUUGAUUGAUUCAUGCUUGUAUGUCAAAUUAUGUUAAUUGCUUUUUGUUUUCUUAUCUUUAUUCUAAAAGUAUGUUACGCUUAGUGGUCUGUAGGUUUGUCGUUUUAUCGUACCAUGUAUAAAUUAUCUUCUGAAUCCGAUUAUUCCACGUUCAUUCAUGCAUUUCACGUCGCGGAAUCAUCCUGCUAUUUUUCUUACAUCUUUUUAUCUUAGGAAAUCUGGUUAUGACUGAUUUAAACGAAAAAUUGUGUAGUUUUCAUUAUGAAAGCCUAUAUAUCAAGCCAUUGUUGGUUGAUGUCAUUAAUAAAAUUGGUCAAAGAAGAAAAAAAAAAAAAUAAUAAGGAUUACAAAGAAAUAAAACACUUGGGUGAUUGACGAACUUAGAUGGCUUUACUUUGUACCGCCGCUGGAAAACUUUUUUUUACAAUUGUGUCGCAAACGGUCCAAAAUUGAAGCUUUUCUUUGUAAAUUAUUUACUGAUCGCUGUCUGCCGUCAUUGUUAUUCAAUAAGGAUUCGCUCUCUUGAUCAUUAGAGUGUGAGCUAUCUUGCUCAACAUAAGUUGGUGAGCCGUAGGUAUUGGUAUUAGCCCCUUCCCAUAUACUGUUAUCCGAAGUCAAGUCUUCUUCGGAUUUAUCUUUUGGAAUAAGAGCACUUAAGCUGUUAGCUCCACUGUUUUCCGAAAAAGCAGCAACUGGACUGGUACUAAUAUCCAAAUUUCGGUGCUUGCAACAUGGUUCAAAGGGGCCAUCAUGAUGAACGCCUAUUGUUAGAUAUACAAAACAUUUAUAUAAUUGCGUACCGAAAUUACCAAGGUACGAAUUAGAUGUAUCUAAUUGAUCAAUCCUAUCGUACCCGAGCAUAGAGGCAUUUCUUCCAGGGAAGUUUAUUUGUUUAGGCCUGUUUCUUAAUCCUCUAUCUUCGAUAAUAAGUCUAGGCUUUACGGCAGGUUGCUUUCUCAAAUGAUUGUUUUUCGCUCGAAGAGAUCGUGUAUUCAACCGAGGACCAACCUGGUGUUGCAUAAAAGCUGGAUCGUAGGGAUAACUGCAAUGAUCCAGAUACCUAUCCAUAUUCGCUUUGUCCAGUGAUAUAUUUCGUUCGGGCAUUCCCGAUAGUUUAUCAUCGUCUGGAUUAACAAAUGAACGAAACUGGUUCUGUUAGAUUAAAUAUGCCUGUUGCACUUACAACAAGGUAACCAAGUUUGCUGAACUCAUUAUCAUGAUCUACGUAUGGUUCCUUUGAUGAAUGUUCAACAAAUGGCCUAAUUGUAGACUCUGAAAAAGGGUUUUUGUCCUUCAUAUUUUGGAUAGAUUUGAAGGUAACCGCGCUCACAUCGAGGAAAAGCCUAUUCUAUAUGUACAUCUUUAAUGUUUACUUUGGAAUGACACUUUCAACGGUAUAUAUUGCGUCACAGAAUUGUUACAUAUUUUUCUUCUUCUCUUACAGGAAAAAGCAAAAAGAAAAGAAAAUUUAUCCCCGUAUCAAGCAAAUGAAUAUGGUAUGAUGAUGACAGUGUAAAAGUUUACAAAACUGAAUGUUCGUUCAUCAUCAGUAGUGUUAUUCGUUACGUUCCAGAGUAUAUAAGAUGUGUUUAAUUACACAUAGAAUAGAAAAAAAAACAUACAUCUGUUGUGAUAAGUGAUAAGUGUUAAAUAAUGCUAUUUGUAAUAACUUCUAACUUUUUGAAAUCCAUUUGGAUGAUUUGGAUUUCUCAAUGUCUGAGUAUACACAUUCUCUACAUCAAGUUUUGUAUUCAAUUUCUUAAUGUUAUUAAUAAAAUUACUAUGGCUAAUAUACAAAAAGCGUUUCCU